AUGGUCUUCCGAGAUCAAACUAUUGAAACUUUGGGCAAAGUGUCGGUGUUUUCUGCCGCAAAUUUACCCAAUGGCAACCAGGACGUCUUGAUAAGACCUAAACUAUACCAACAGGCCAGAGUCCACCCAUCUCAAGAUCAGCCCAGCUAUUACCCUUGGUUCAGACUUGCGGUUGCUCGAGAAGACCAAGCUCUGCAUUUCUUUUUUCACCACUAUGUGGUGCCUGAACCUGGACGGUCUCCAACUCAUCCCGACUGUCAUGGCAUCAUUUACAAGCGAGCAACAGAACCUGGAUACUUGGCUGAUCUCAUCAAUGCUGUCGGACUGUCCGGUCUAGCGUACUCAAAGAACGCCCCUACACUCGUCAAUUCAGCCAGAAAGGCAUUUUCUCGUGCGCUUCACGGUAUAUGUGCGGCGCUCGUGGAUCCUAGUGAAGCAGCAUCCGACCAGAUGUUGGUAGCUGUAAUGCUUCUUGCGUUAUACGAAACCGUCGGUUCUAGUUCUAAUGAAGACUUGAGUGCAUGGAGUAGACAUGUAGAUGGUGCCUUGGCGUUGAUACAGCUUCGAGGAGCAGGCCAACUACGCAACAGGAUUGGCCGGAGUAUUUUUCUCAACUUGCGUACUGAAAUCCUUAUCGACUGCAUCCAGCGUGGCCUUGAAGUACCAAAGGUCCUGAUAGACCUAAUGGCCGAGGCUCGCAGGAAUGAAACAGAACAAGAAGCGCCCGCAGCUCGGCUAGCAGACAUUGUUGUCAGUGUAUGCACCGCUUUGCCCUCCGCUGAUGAAGACAUCACGGACGGGGGGGAUUCUUCCUCCCACGUUUCAAGACUAUUGUCAAUCGAUGCAGAUCUUGAGGACUGGGCUCAAACACUCCCGACCGAAUAUGGGUACAGGACCCGAACCAAACCAAGCAAUUUCUGUGAAUCAGAAGUAUUUAUGGGGCGAUAUGAUGUAUAUUCCAGCGUGGAGAUCGCCAACACAUGGAACUUACAGCGCUGUACGCGUAUCAUUCUCCGUCAGGCAAUCGUUGAAGCAAUAUCGAAAUGCUUGCCCAUCUCUUCUUCGCUAUCGAUCCUAUCGUCUUUUCCUAUGUCAUACACAGACCUACUCCUUACUUCAGAAACCAUCAUACAGCAGAGCUCCAGUGAUAUAUGCUGCGGCGUCCCGUACAUCUUGCAUAGUGUUGACGAGGCAGGCAAGUCGAGCGAGCUGCGAGCAGCCUACGCUGUGCAUCUAUUGUGGCCACUUUACGUAGCAGGAACAACGCAUACUGCCAGCGGUGCUUUGCGACAUUGGGUUGUAUCAGCGCUGGAAAACAUCAAGGACGUUACUGGGAUUCAAAAAGCAAAGCGAAUGACCGUGCUUCUCGAGCCUCAAUGUUAG